AUGACUCGUCAAGAUAUAUGGAGCACGAAGUUGCUGCACGACGGUCCCACUUUCAACAAGCCAUUAGUAGAGAGAUGCGAACCCGUGAGUUUCAAGCUGAGUGAUGGUACGGUGGCCACGGCGUUUGCAAUAUUUGACAGUACGUUGCUGGCCAGCGCGUUGACUGCCCUGAUGCACCGUCAGUUCAACAUGGAGAUCGAGGCUGGCGACACCUACCCUCAGUCAGCACCGCUCACCAGGGAUGAGUUCAUUGACUACUGGCACCACUCUAUGUGUGUUGUGCUGCUGCAUACUGAUCAAUUGUCUCUUGAGGCGGUCAAUGCGUCAAACCCGGACUGGGAGCAGCUGUUUUUGGGCACUUUCUAUAUUAAACCCAACUACAUGUCCCGUUGCUCACAUAUCUGCAACGCCGGGUUUCUUGUAAACCCAACUCAUAGAGGUAAAAGGAUAGGAUACAGGUUGGCACAGGUCUACUUGAAGUGGGCCCCGCUGCUCGGUUACACUUACUCCGUGUUCAACUUGGUGUUCGUGACGAACAUCGCCAGCUGGAAGAUCUGGGACAGGUUCAAGUUCGACAGGAUCGGCCUUAUUCCAAGAGCUGGACAGCUUGCAGGCCACAAGGAACCCGUCGACGCGAUUGUCUUUGGGAAGAACUUGACUAACGUUGAGGAGGAACUCUUUGCAGAUUUCGAAACCCUUUAG